GUGGCGCAAGCGCAGUGCUUCCGGGUACCGCAGGCCGCCUCUGAUCGGCCUCCGCUCUCCUCUCCUCUCCUCCCGACUGUGGCUUUUGGGUUCCGUGUCCUUUUCGUGGUUCGUCGAUGUCCGAGGAGAAGGCCAGCAGCCCUCCAGGGAAGAUGGGAGGCGAGGAGAAGCCGGUAUGUGCUGGUGAGGAGAAGCGGAAGGAAGGAGGCAAGAAGAGCAAAGAAGGAUCUGGAGAUGGAGGUCGAGCAGAGUUGAAUCCUUGGCCUGAAUAUAUUAACACGCGUCUUGAGAUGUAUAAUAAACUGAAAGCAGAGCAUGAUUCCAUUCUGGCAGAAAAGGCAAAGAAAGAUAGCAAGCCAAUUAAAGUCACUCUGCCCGAUGGUAAACAGGUCGAUGCAGAAUCCUGGAAAACUACAGCAUAUCAAAUUGCUUGUGGAAUUAGCCAAGGCCUGGCCGACAACACUGUUAUCGCUAAAGUGAAUAAAGCUGUUUGGGACCUAGACCGCCCUCUGGAGGAAGACUGUACCCUGGAGCUGCUCAAGUUUGAGGAUGAGGAAGCUCAAGCAGUAUAUUGGCAUUCAAGUGCUCACAUAAUGGGUGAAGCCAUGGAAAGAGUCUAUGGUGGAUGUUUAUGUUAUGGUCCACCAAUAGAAAAUGGAUUCUAUUAUGACAUGUACCUUGAUGAAGGGGGUGUGUCCAGCAACGAUUUCUCUUCUUUGGAGGGUUUAUGUAAGAAAAUCAUUAAAGAAAAACAAGCUUUUGAAAGAUUGGAAGUUAAGAAGGAAACUUUAUUGGAAAUGUUUAAGUACAACAAGUUCAAAUGCCGGAUAUUGAAUGAAAAAGUGAAUACUCCAACUACCACAGUCUAUAGGUGUGGCCCCUUGAUAGAUCUCUGCCGGGGUCCUCAUGUGAGACACACCGGCAAAAUUAAGACUUUGAAAAUACAUAAAAAUUCCUCCACAUACUGGGAAGGCAAAGCAGACAUGGAGACUCUGCAGAGAAUUUAUGGCAUUUCAUUCCCAGAUCCUAAAAUGUUGAAAGAAUGGGAGAAGUUCCAAGAGGAAGCCAAAAACCGAGAUCAUAGGAAAAUUGGGAGGGACCAAGAACUGUAUUUCUUCCAUGAACUCAGCCCUGGAAGUUGCUUUUUCCUGCCGAAGGGAGCGUACAUUUAUAAUACACUUAUUGAAUUCAUCAGGAGCGAGUAUAGGAAACGAGGAUUCCAGGAGGUGGUCACUCCAAACAUCUACAACAGCCGACUCUGGAUGACCUCAGGCCACUGGCAGCACUACAGUGAGAACAUGUUCUCCUUUGAGGUGGAGAAGGAGCUGUUUGCUCUGAAACCCAUGAACUGCCCAGGACACUGUCUUAUGUUUGAUCAUCGGCCAAGAUCCUGGCGAGAGUUGCCUCUGCGGAUGGCCGAUUUUGGGGUACUCCAUAGGAAUGAGCUGUCGGGAGCGCUCACAGGACUCACGCGGGUACGAAGAUUCCAGCAGGAUGAUGCUCACAUCUUCUGUGCCAUUGAGCAGAUUGAGGACGAAAUAAAAGGUUGUUUGGACUUUCUGCGUACAGUAUAUAGCGUAUUUGGAUUUUCUUUUAAACUGAACCUGUCUACUCGCCCGGAAAAAUUCCUUGGAGAUAUUGAAGUAUGGAAUCAAGCUGAGAAACAACUUGAAAACAGUCUGAAUGAAUUUGGCGAAAAGUGGGUAUUAAACCCUGGAGAUGGAGCUUUCUAUGGUCCAAAGAUUGACAUACAGAUUAAAGAUGCAAUUGGUCGGUACCACCAGUGUGCAACAAUCCAGUUGGAUUUUCAGUUACCCAUCAGAUUUAAUCUUACUUUCGUAAGCCAUGAUGGUGAUGAUAAGAAAAGGCCAGUGAUUGUCCAUAGAGCCAUCUUGGGGUCAGUGGAAAGAAUGAUUGCUAUCCUCACUGAAAACUAUGGAGGAAGAUGGCCCUUCUGGCUGUCUCCUCGCCAAGUAAUGGUAGUUCCAGUGGGACCAACAUGUGAUGAAUAUGCCCAAAAGGUCCGGCAGCAGUUCCAUGAUGCUAAAUUCAUGGUGGAUGUUGAUCUGGACCCGGGCUGUACGUUAAAUAAGAAGAUCAGAAACGCACAGUUAGCGCAAUAUAACUUCAUCCUAGUUGUUGGUGAAAAAGAGAAAACCAGCGGCACUGUGAAUAUCCGUACGCGAGACAACAAGGUACAUGGAGAACGUACUCUCUCUGAAACCGUCGAGCGGCUACAGCAGCUCAAGCAGUCCCGCAGCAAACAGGCAGAGGAGGACUUUUAACCGCAAACUUUGCCGGAUUGGCUCAGUAGAAAAGCAUGAACGAUGUUUCCCUAACAGUAACUUUGUACUCGGAAAGCAUCCAUUUAUACCGAACAGCAAAUAGUUUGGUAGAGGCUGCAUAGGUGACUGCAGGAUCAGCCUUUUUAACCUAGACAGGCUUUAGACAAUGUGUUAUUUGAAAGAGGUAAUUAAAAGAGACACAUUAAAAUGAUUUUAUUCAUUAAAUAUCUGAGCACUGGAAAUAAAACAUGAGGAACGCUUUCAUGUAAUGUGGGAAAAUGUUUUUGUAAAUUUAAUGCAGUUGAAAAAUAAAAUUUUUCAGAUUUGGUUAAGGUAAAAGAAAGAUUAGCAUUGGGUUAUGGUGUAAAAAUAAAAACUUCCAUUCACAAAAGUUUCAACUGCUCUGUCCUUCACAUACAUACACGCCUGCCCAGGAUAAAUUGCGUGAUUCAAUGUUUACCUUUAAUGUUUUAUAACAAAUAUGAUGUAAGUUGGGUGGAGGGGGCAAAUCUACAGUGAUGCUGGUCUCAAUCUGGGUUAUGAGCUAGGUGCCAGCUUCUCAGUUGCAGGAUGACAUCUUUAGGAGUGUCACUUAACUUCUAUUUGGAUGUAAACCAAUUAAAACCAACCAUGGAUCUAAUAGAGAGUAGAUUUGCACAAAUUUUUAAGAUGAAGCAUGAGUCUUCUAAGAAAUAGAUGUUUAUGGCAGACUACUCUGGGCCAUCGAAUCCAUCGUUAUACAAAUUUUCUAUUCUCUCAUAAGGGAUAAUUUUUAAAUUUUUCUACCAGUGAAUAGUGAUUGGGAGAACACCACAAAAUAGGGAAUUCCUUGUAUGGAUAUAUAUUAAUUCCUCUUUAAUGUAAUCAUUUAAAAAGGCAACAUCUGGUCAGUUCUUUAAUAACCCCAAUAGCUCAUUUGCUAGGGUCACUUCAAGGUGAAGCCAAUUUGCAUAGAUUAAUCCACACUUUAAUAAAGGAGAUAAGAGCUUUAAUCAGAGGGAUUAUUUUUGAAACUUCAUAAUUAAGUCUUGCUUGUGGCUGUCUUAAGACGUAGCCUCUGAUAGAUCUGUAAUUCACUUUUAUAUGCACCUGAAGGGGAACUAAUUUUAUAUUUGAACCAGAACUUUGCCUUCUCAAGUCAUGACAGCAAAAACUUUUUGAUUCAUUUUACAACAAUGUAUUUGCUUUUUAUUUCUUUAAUCUAAAAUUCAAUGUCUUAGUUUUGAUUUUUCUUCAGUUUUAAAAAAUUCAUAUUACAGAACCAUUUAAAACAGUUUCCAUAAUAUAUAGGCUGAAGACCAACUAUGGUUCAGCUAGAUGUUUUCGGUACCUGUUUUACACUUCAACAAAUGUUAAUGUAAUAUAUGAAUAAUUUCCCUGAAAUAUUUAGAGAAGCUUUAUAAAUCUAAAACUUAAGAUAUAAAAGUCUGGUUAAGACAUAGGUUGGCAGGACUGGGAAUCGAAGAAUCCUCUUUGUAACUGACACCUUCCUGCGGGAGCAUUAGGGGACCACCCUCUGAGAGCUCUUAUUUUAUUGGCUUAUCUCAUCAAAGCUCUUUUGUCUGUAGUUAGUUUGUUUGAUUUUGUUUUUCCUUCUCUUUCCUGGAGGGCAGAGACUGUUGUAUUUAUUGUUGUAUCCAUCUGUUCUGUUGUGGCAUAUAACUUGAAGAAUUGAAGGAACCCAAUUGCUAAACUUUUAUCCAGCGUCUAGUCUAUUGAGAGUUACAUGCUCUUGGUAAUCAAAUAGACCGAAACAGUUCGAGAACAAUGACAGCACCGUUGCAAACACCACAUGACAAAUAUCUGUAGACAGAUUUUCUGACUAACGUUACUCAAUUCUGCCUUUAAAAAAAGUCGAAGAGUAGUAAAAGGUUUAUAAGGAAAUCAACCUCUUGUCCUCUUGACCCUGAUCUGAUUCGCACUCCCCAGGUGACCACUUUUAGCCAUGCUGGUUUGUGCCUCUGUCCCUGUUUGUAAAUACCAUUGCUCUCGAUUCCCCACUUUUAGAACCUCUCUAUUGACUUACUGUUUCAGAAGAUGAGGAUUUUAGUUCACACCCCAUCAUUUCCUGCCUCCAUCCUUCUACUAUGAUCUCAAUUUUUUGUUAAAUCCAUAUUAGGUGUUAUUGUUACUGUGUCCAUAAAUAUUAUGCUUUAAUAAACCAAAUAGUAUUCUAUUA